UACAACUGGGAUACAUAAAAACCAUGAAAAGCCAAUUAAUAGGAUUUUUUAUGAACUUCUGUGUUUCUUUUUCACUUGCUUUGUAUUUUCACAGUGGAGAAAGAGAAGAGAAAUGUAUAAUUGAAGACGUUCCCCGUGACACACUGGUAAUCGGGAAUUACAAGGUACAGCGCUGGGAUAUACAUAAACAAGAGUUUCUUGAAUCUGCUCCUGGUUUGGGAAUGUUUGUGACUGUCACAACUCCUUCUGCUGAGGUACUAUUGUCAAAACUGUAUGGGCCACAAGGAACAUUUUCUUUUACAUCCUAUCUGUCUGGGGAGCAUGUUAUCUGUUUACAGUCUAACUCCACAAGAUUUGUGGCAUUUGCAGGAAGUAAACUGCGUAUCCACUUGGACAUCAGAGUUGGAGAACAUGUUUUGGAUGAAUCUGCUUUUCAAGCCAAAGACAAAGUGAAUGAAGUUAACAUUAGACUAGAACAUCUAGUUGAGCAAAUUCAUCACAUAUCCAAAGAACAAAACUAUGAAAGAGAGCGUGAAGAAAAAUUUCGGAAGACAAGUGAAGAAACCAACAGCAAUAUUUUGUGGUGGGCUAUUGUACAAACACUAAUCCUCAUCUUCAUUGGAAUCUGGCAAAUCAAAUCUCUCAGAGAUUUCUUUAUAUCUAAGAAGCUUGUUUAAGUCUUAUAA